AUGGCUGCCAACGAGAUUUUCAACGAUCUCAAUCUUGUUCUGCAGCUCAACCAGCGUAUCGAGGCUGCCCUCGAGUGUGUAGGCUGCUCUGAGUCGCGAGAAGAUGCACAAUUCGACCAUCAACGCUCGACAUUCCUGUCGGUGAGCUCUAGCGACUUGCCAUUCCAUCUCCAAGGCGACACGAAUUUCAAUGAAGCGAGUGCACUGGCAAAGCGACGAGCUCUGCGCUUCUCAGAAGCUGUCAAAACUCGAAUUGAGUUUCUAUGGGAAGUGGCAGGAGGGAAGAAACGAGCGGAAAUGGCUCAACGAGUGCGCCAACAGCAACGUGAGGGUGAUGAACGCACAAGACGACAAAGUGUUCACCGCACAGCUGCAGGUAGUGAAAAUAAGCACCUACUUCCUCCGAUUGAAGCUCUAGACGAACAGGACUACGUGGCUCUGAUGCUGCUCGUUUUCAAAGUAUUACGCGAUGACUUCGUGCUGGAGAUUGCUCACAAACAGAUUCGAUGCGACUGGGAGGUGGACAGUCACCACGGGAAUGCUUUGAGCUUUGAGCAGUUCUUUGCUGCAGUAUUCGAAUUGGUGGACGUUUGGACGUGCGAUGUGGAGGAGGCCACCUACGAACGCUUCUUGCAUCUACUAGCUCUUCGUAUUACACGACGCGUUGCCGUUUUUAUGGAUGGGGCCGAGCUCAAGCUUUCCCUGUCUGAUAAUUUUGAACCCGAAGUCGUGGUGAAAUCUAUUCCGUUGAGAACUGUCCCGAGAUUCGUUUCUGUUGCUCGUGUUGUGGCUGCUAUAGGAGUGACUACAGUCGGAGACUUAGCACGAGCAGACCCCAGAGUUGUAGAGCGGAAUCGAAUCGAUUUCAUUCAUCGAAAUUUCGGAGGUGUCGUACCCAACAGCCUCAGCGAAAUGCGAAAGAUUGGGCAGGAUCUGCAGACUCUUCUGGAAAUGUUUAAAAGUAUUGCUCUUCAAUUCGAAAAUAUUAACUAUGUUCUCGACAAUAACGUACUGCGUAGACCACCCAAGAAUUGCAGUGCUGGCUUCAUUCAGCCGAUAAAUACUAUCUACGAUCUACAAACCGCUAAUGCAGAUGUCGUGAACGCUUUGCGCUCGACGUUUUUGAUCGAAAAAGCGAUUUCAAUUGAACGGCACACAGAACUACCAGCCAUUCGAAACGAACUAAUCAAAUUCGGAGCUGAUGUCGAAGUCGCAAAGCUCCCAGACGAAACAGUCCGCGACCGGUAUAAUGCUUUGUAUGAUCUCCUAGUUUUACGAGACGGAGAAAGCCUGAAAGCACUGGCAGCUGUCAUGUUGGAGCAGAUCAAGUUGGAGUUGAGUAAGCAUGGAAUACUUGUUGAUGACGAGGAAGCUGUCGAAGAAGUGUACGACGGAUUUUUCGCCUCUGUAGUGACGGGGACGGGUAAUUCCAUCGUACAAGAGGCUCAACGUUGGAUGGACGGUAUGGUACAGGGCCACAAAGUGACUGAUUAUAUCCAGCACGAUUUCUGCGAACUAAAGUCAAUUGACGAAAUGACGAUGAAGAAGAAAAAGUGA